UGUUUGACUAGUAUAGGGACACGCCUGUUCUUCACGUCACGUAACAGCAACACACUCAAGGUUAUGGUUAUGUAGCACAUGCUAGAGGGAGAAUGGGCUCACCCCUGUCAACUGUCCGUGGGUCAGUUGCCAUCUGACAGGAUGCACAUCGUCGAUUUUGUGUCCGGAUCGUUUGCAGGGGCUUGUGGAGUCGCAGUGGGCUACCCUCUAGACACCGUGAAGGUCCGGAUCCAGACCCAGAGGCAGUUUACUGGAAUAUGGCAGUGUGCCGCAGCAACAUUUUCAAAAGAAGGGGUGCAUGGCUUCUUCAAAGGGAUGUCAUUACCCAUUACGACAAUCUCUAUGACUUCCUCAGUGGUGUUUGGUACAUACAGGAACUGCCUGCAGUGUCUGAGCCAGCUGCGAGGAGCUGGUUGUGGUCCAAACACCAAACUAGAGGUCUUCCUGUCUGGUAUGGCAGGCGGUAUAGCUCAGAUAUCAGUGAUGUCUCCAGGUGACAUAGUUAAAGUACGACUGCAGUGUCAGACAGAGUCCAAGCGAGGAGGAGCCAACUUGCCCAAACCUAAGUACCGUGGUCCAGUUCACUGUCUGCUGAGUAUUAUCAAAGAGGAGGGUUUCCGCGGACUCUACAGAGGAGCUCUGCCGCUUAUGCUAAGAGAUGGGCCAUCAUACGCCACAUACUUUUUGACUUAUACCACUAUCUGUGAAUGGCUAAAAGACAGUGGCAAGAAAAGACCAGAUUGGAGUGGUGUGAUGCUGGCUGGUGGAAUAGCAGGAAUGGCAGGUUGGACCGUAGGAACACCCAUGGACGUGAUCAAAGCCCGCCUGCAGAUGGACGGAGCUCGGGAGACGAAGCGAUACAAAGGUUUUGUCCACUGCAUUACUGAGACAGUGCGGGUGGAAGGAGCCGGGUUUUUCUUUAGGAGCUUAGGCAUCAACUGUCUGCGCGCAUUCCCUGUUAACAUGGUUGUGUUUGUAACAUACGAGGUUCUCACCAGUUUACUCCUAGCCGGACCAGACAGCGUGGACCCGCCUCGGUUACCGCUUGAAUAGUAUUGACUACCUCCAUUUUCAUCUCAUAUUCUGUUAUGUAGUUUGUCUGUCUGUGUUAAUGCGUGUUUUUACAAGGACUUAAAUAGUAACAGACAGACAGACAUUUGGCACGAAAAUGUACGCAUUGCAACAUUUUAAAAGGAAUGAUUGUUUACGCAGCUAUCAUUGGUGCUUUUCUGUUACAUGUUUAAUAUUCAGCUAGCGAAGGUAAUGUAUCCUAAUAUGCUCAGGGUUAACUUGUCAGUAAUCAGCACUGUUGGUACCAGAGAUCUGACCUGCACCUUUCUGGCCACUAGAUGGCCUCCCUGGCCAGUUUGUUUCCUUUUCUCAGUUUAUGCCGGGAGAGCAGUGCACCAAGAAACUGCAAUACUGCUAGAAUUUAAAAUAUGUUUGACUCUACUCAAGGCCAUUUAAGUCCUUGAAUGUAGAAUUUAUCAAUAAGCUGCGGUACGCACAAUUUAGCAAGCAUGAUACCCGUCCAGGCCCAUGCUGUAUGUUUGCAUAUUUGCAUAUUAUUACGUCCAUUUCUCAUCUCCAGCUCAGUAGCAAAAUGGUAGAUCUGGACAGUCUGACUUAAGCAUAAUAUCAUGCUAUUUUAAACCUCAAUGAAAUGGAAUUUUUAGGAAUAGAAUUACCUUGAAAAAAAAGAAUCACAGUUCUCAAUAAUAAAGCUAUGGAGCACAUCUAUAAUAUUUGUUCCUUACCUCCAUCUUCUCGUACAUUUACAGAAUUUUAUGCAAUUUUGCUCACAAUGUAACACUCAUUGAAUUUAACCACUACAACGGAUGUGUGUAGACAAUGCAAGGCUGUAGCUUUGGUUUCAGAAAUUGGGGGAUACAAUGAAAUCAGAGUUUUUCAAACAGGGAAAAAUACGUGAAUGAUAUUUCUGGUGAUUUGUUUGUAUAAUUAUCAUGGAAAUGUUCAUUGUGCCUUCCACAAUAAAGGUCAUGCAAGAGAAGAAUUUAAAAGGUGUAUUCAUUUCUGUUUUAGUGCAGCUCAAAUGCUGCUGAG